CUCCUACCAGUCCUUUUCUCUACCAUUUCUCUUCUCAAAACCAACAUUUCUUUUUUAAAACUUAAAAUUUUGUUUUUAUAUCCUUAAAUCCAUUAGACCCCACCUCACCUCAUCUCUCUUUUCUUCUUUCUUAACCUCCAUUGUUGUCAUUGGCUACCUCCUCCUUAAAACACCCUAAGAAAAAACCUAAUUCUCUGUGUGUCAUGGGCGUCAACAUGUCGAAUAAUCCACCUUCUUCUCGUACCAAAGACUUCUUCGCCUCUCCCGCCCUUUCUCUCAGUCUCGCUGGAAUCUUUAGAGGUGCGAAUGCAGCAGGACCGGCCACUCUGGCAGCCGAGGUGGAGGAAGGGGAAGAAGGAAGCGGCGGAGGAGGAAGACGAGAAGAAACAGUUGAAAUUAGCAGCGAAAAUUCGGGGCCUGUAAGAUCAAGAUCAGAUGAUGAACUCGAAGGCGAAGAACACGACGAAGAAGAAGAUGGUGAUGACAAAAAUAAGAAGAAAAAGAGAAAAAAGUAUCAUAGACAUACUGUGGAGCAAAUUAGAGAAAUGGAAUCGCUUUUUAAAGAAUCACCACAUCCAGAUGAAAAGCAAAGACAACAAUUAAGCAAGCAACUUGGACUUGCUCCUAGACAAGUCAAGUUCUGGUUUCAGAAUCGUAGAACUCAAAUCAAGGCCAUACAAGAAAGACAUGAAAACUCGUUACUGAAAACAGAAAUGGAGAAACUAAGAGAUGAAAAUAAGGCAAUGAGAGUGACCAUCAACAGAGCUUGCUGCUCUAAUUGUGGCACUGCUACUACUAGCAGAGAUUCCUCCUUAACAACUGAUCAAGAACAACAAUUACGUAUCGAAAAUGCUAAACUCAAAUCCGAGAUAGAGAAACUUAAAGCUGCACUAGGGAAAUACCCACCGGGUGCAUGCACGGCUAGUAAUGAACAAGAGAUCAUCAACAGAAGCUCACUAGAUUUUUACACUGGAAUUUUUGGACUCGAGACGUCAAGAAUCAUGGAAAUUGUGAAUCAAGCAACGGAAGAACUUAAUAAAAUGGCUACUACUGAAGAACCAUUAUGGAUUCGGAGCGUCGAGACUGGUCGCCAAAUCCUAAAUUACGACGAGUAUAUGAAGGAGUUUAAUGUUGAAAAUUCAAGAAACGGAACACCAAAAUUAUCCAUUGAAGCAUCUAAAGAAACUGGAGUUGUGUUUGUUGAUCUUCCAAGACUUGUCCAAAGUUUCAUGGAUGUGAAUCAAUGGAAAGAGAUGUUCCCAUGCUUAAUCUCAAAGGCAGCUACAGUUGAUGUAAUCUGCAAUGGAGAAGGUCCUAGUAAAGAUGGAGCAGUACAAUUGAUGUUUGCAGAGGUACAGAUGCUUACACCAAUGGUGGCCACAAGAGAAGUAUAUUUUGUCAGAUUCUGCAAGCAACUUUGUGCUGAGAAAUGGGCAAUUGUUGAUGUUUCUGUGGAAAAAGUUGAAGAUAAUAUUGAUGCUUCAUUGGUUAAAUGUAGAAAACGCCCUUCUGGUAUCAUAAUUGAAGACAAAUCAAAUGGCCAUUGCAAGGUAACAUGGGUUGAGCAUUUGGAAUGGCAGAAGAGCACAGUUCAUACAUUGUAUCGUACCAUUGUUAAUAGUGGCUUAGCUUUUGGCGCAAGGCACUGGAUAGCAACACUGCAGCUCCAAUGCGAACGUAUUGUUUUCUUCAUGGCAACCAAUGUCCCUACAAAAGAUUCAACAGGUGUUGCAACACUGGCUGGGAGGAAAAGUAUUUUGAAACUGGCACAGAGAAUGACAUGGAACUUUUGCCGGGCGAUUGGUGGGUCGAGCUACCAUACAUGGAACAAAGUCACCGGCAAAACAGGAGAGGACAUUAGGGUUUCUUCUAGGAAGAACUUAAAUGAUCCUGGUGAACCUCUUGGAAUAAUCUUGUGUGUUGUUUCUUCUGUAUGGUUGCCUGUUUCUCCUCAUGUUCUAUUCCAUUUCUUGCGCGAUGAUACACGGCGAAACGAGUGGGAUAUCAUGUCAAAUGGAGGUCAAGUUCAAUCCUUUGCAAAUUUAGCCAAAGGACAAGAUCGAGGCAAUGCAGUAUCCAUUCAAAAAAUAAAUUCGAACGAGAAUAGUAUCUGGAUGCUGCAAGAUUGCUGCACAAACGCUUACGAAUCCAUGGUAGUCUAUGCUCCUGUCGAUAUUAACGGAAUGCAAUCUGUGAUUGCCGGCUGUGAUUCAAGCAGCAUAGCUAUAUUACCUUCAGGAUUUUCGAUUCUUCCCGACGGACUCGAGUCGAGGCCCCUGGUAAUCACUUCCAGACACGACGAGAAGAGCUUAGAAGGAGGAUCUUUAUUGACAGUGGCAUUCCAAAUCCUGACAAGUUCAUCCCCGACAGCUAAAGUAACCAUGGAAGCUGUCGAGUCUGUUAACACACUCAUAUCGUGCACAUUGCGAAGUAUUAAGACAAGCUUGCAAUGUGAAGAUGGUUAAGGACUCUUAGCUUCUCUUAGUUAGGUUGACACUAUUUUAUUGUAAGAGAUAUAGUUUUCUAGAUUUUAUGUCUGUUUUAUUUCCCAACACAUUCUACAUAUUGAAGAGGGAAACGGGGAAUUAAAAUUUGUCAAAUGCCAUUUUCUUAUAAUUUCAA